UCCAGCAAUGUCCCGAGAUGAAAUGGGCUUGAUCCAUGGCGCUUAAUUGGCAUUUGCCGAUGGAAUAUCACGAACAGUACCAUCAAAAUAAUACCAUCUAGUCGUUUCAUAUCCUUUCAGCAUACAUUAGUCUCUCACCACUCCCCGCCGAAACGCAGCUAAAUCGUCAGUACGAAGCAACAACUUGUUACGAUGAACCAUUCAGGUAUAGAUCGCGGGAAAUGGGAUUUUAGAAAAGACAUAUAUAGACUUAUAGAAAUAGCCCUUCAAUCUGAUGUCCCAACUCAUUCUCUCUGCAAAUCUACUCUUCUUGCUAUCCGUCUUAUUCUCAUCAUUGUCAAGCCAUAAUACCUUGCAAUUUAAAUCCAUCCAUCAUUCCAGAUGCAACAAUACUCAAAUCAAAGAGCUACAUUUCGUGUCCGAAGAGUGCCUCUAGGCUGGAAUAUCGGCCAUCUACGAGCUUGUUUGGAGCAACACGACCCUUCAUCUUACCCGGACAUAAAAUCUUUUGUGCCUGAAGUCGACCGUCGAUCAUUCACCGCAACGGUAGUAUAUAAAAAUCGUCCAUCUGUCACUCAAGGCCCAAAGCCAUGGGACCUCUCACUAGAGGGGCCGCACGAGAAGCCGUCUUCCAAUAGUGGAUAUCUAGAAAUUGACGAUAACUUGCUCGGCAUCACAUCGUUGUAUUUACCACCGGCCAAAGAUCACAAAGUAGAUAUAAUUGCUCUUGGAAACAUCAGUGGAUGUCCAUUGGAGUCAUUUGAGGAUAUGGCAAGUAACCAUGUGUGGCUACGAGAUAUUCUACCAGCUCAGCUUGUCGACACGGAGACACGACAGCCAAUGGCGCGAGUCAUGACAUAUGGUUACCAGUCAAUAUUGAAUGAAAUAAACGGGCGGAUGACACUCGAAGCCUUGGGGACAGCUUUUGUCAAAGUCUUCAUCACGCUAAGUAAUUCCUCUCAGUUCAAGCCAACAAUAUUUAUUGGCCAUGGCUUUGGAGGUCUAGUCAUAAAGCAGGCUUUGACAAGUCUGUCAAAAUUACGAGGAGAGACAGAGAUGAAUCUUUUCCGCGCAAUCCGCGGAGUGGUCUUCUUCGGCGUCCCUCACGACGGAAUGGACAUAACUUCUUUCCAAGUCGCUGCUGGACAUCCCAAUCAGCAAGUUGUAGAGUCACUUCACCAAGGAGGAUCCGAAUUUCUCGAUCAACUGCAUGCUGAAUUCCUCCAAGCAUUUUCUCAAAAACGUGAGACCGAGAUAUUCAGCUUUUAUGAGACACUGGAGUCCGAUAUCUCACGCCAACACAAGGAUACAGCGUCAUAUGCUGGAGUUGUUGUGACAAAAGCCUCAGCAACUCGCUGCCACUUAGGGGAACGCAAUGGCCAGCAUACGUGCGCGAUCCCUCGGAGUAACGCAGAUAUGGCAAGUUUCGAGCCCCAUGAUCCCGAGUUUGAUACUGUUAGAAACACAUUGCUCGGCAUCACCCAGCGAGCGGCGAAGUAA